AUGCCAUCCUGGCCUAAUAUGGUCUCACUACCAGUUGACCAGACACCUUCACAUCGAAGAUCACCAGAACCUUCUCAAAAUCCUACAAGCUGCCAUGACGCGCCUUCCAUUACUCAGAACUGCCGACAUUCAUGCCCCGAUACUAGCACGAACGACAACAUCAAGCGGCUUGAUUUCUCAGUCGCUUUGGCCGGGGACUGGAAGGAUAGUAUUCCUCGUCGACUCCCAGAAACGCCAUCAUAUGCAAAGACCAAGAGUCACGAUUCAAAGCCCGUGGACGCCAAUCAAAACUAUCUGACAUGCCUGUCAUCGAAGAUUUCCGCGUUAACUCUCAACCCUGACUCUUCACACCCGCCAGGCCAUCGAUCCGAUAUUGAGCUCUCAAUUGCUUUGGCCGUUCAUGAGAAGGCAUGCUUCACGACAGAUCAGCUAGGCGACGCGGGUGGCACCGUAGACUCCUCACGUACAGAACACGAUAAUCAGCCCUCGAACUCGAUAACCAAGUCGGCCAUCACAACACGAGCCACGAAGAGAAUGAAACGCAAGCGUAACUCUACAGCCGAUGAUGACCAAGAAGAGGACGAAGAAGGUGACGGCGACGAUCGGCGUCGCAGCGACGGGAAAGAAACGCCGCCAUCAAACCGUCCGAUGGCUUGUCCUUAUCGUAAAUGGGAUAAAAGGAAAUUCAACUACCACGAGUAUCCCAAAUGCACAAAGAGCUUCCGCGAUCUCACCGAUGUCAAGUACGUUACGCUUUUCUGUUUUUGUUGCAAGUUUUCACUGACAGGAUUGUGCAGGGAACAUAUCAAGAAGGAGCACGUUCUGGCUCCAUCUGAACUACCAAGUCAUCGUCGCCAGGGCUUUGAGAACGGUAUCAAUCAGUAUGUGGUAGACCAACUCAGGGACAGAAAAGGUCGCACGAAGAUACACGAAUGGCCGAGGCUGUGGGUCUUUCUUUUCAACGACGAUACCAACAUUCCCAGUUCUGACUACGAACCUUGCCAGGUGUUCGAGUCAAACGAGGUGACGGAUAUGAUGAAUCAGCUUGCCGGCCACUUCGGACCCCCUAACCUAGGCACCGACACUGCCAUAAGAAACAUUCAGUCCGCAUACCUUACAAAUCGAAACACAGUAACCCAUGUGACUGGAGCUCCGAAACGGAAGAAGGACGGGAAACAAAAGGCCAGGCAUCUCAACACAGGCGCGCAAGGGACUCAACAGGCCAUCAGCCUCGCCAACGACAGGUAUCGGAAACUUGCACCUAGAGCCGCUGAUGACAACACUCCUGCGCGCUCCGAGGACUUCACAACGGCCGAGGAGGAUGGCUCACUACCUCCAACCUCAGCAUGCAUCUAUGCUUUUCCCGACGAGCCACCCACAAAUGGUGGUAGUUCCUUCAUCAUGAGCUCCCGUGCCAGCCCAGUUAGACGCUCAGCUCGACUUACUUCCCAGCCGGCUCACAGUGUCUACCCCCCCGUUUCUGAACCGUGGAAUAGUCUUCAGCACUUCCCCGGAUAUGGCGCCGACUUUGGCUGGACAUCCAACGCUCGUGGCAUUGACCAAGACAUGACCGAAAACGGUAACCAGGUCUAG